AAAUUUUUUUUAAACUAGAGGGUAAUCGACCUAUGCUUAGAGAGGUAGAGUGAUGUAUGGGUAAUCGGUCUAUGCUUAACCUAUGCCAAAGGUCAUAGGAUAGCAAAACCCUAAAAAAAAUUGAAGUUUAGAAUCUCCUUCAUCUCUGGCAGUGUACCCUUCUUGGUAAUUUCGUAAGUAUCUACUAUUUGGAGUCUUCUUCGACUCGUGCUACUCCCACUAAAUCAUCAACGAAACCCGAUCCAAUCAACGAUUUCGCAGCAUGGAAGAAGUUCAAGCAGCUCAACCUCAAUCACUCGGGGAAGUUCCAGCAGAAUAUAGCGUCCCGCCGAAAGUUGAUUCUGAAGUUAAAGUCCUUCACGAGAAGGUCACUAAGCAAGUAAUUAAGGAAGGCCAUGGCCAGAAACCUUCCAAAUAUUCAACUUGCUUUAUUCAUUACAGGGGUUGGUCUGAAAGCACCCUGCACAAGUUUGAAGACACGUGGCAAGAACAGCGACCAAUUGAGAUGGUAUUAGGAAAAGAAAAGAAAGAAAUGACUGGCUUGGCCAUUGGUGUGGCAAACAUGAAAGAUGGUGAGCGUGCAUUGCUACGUGUGGGUUGGGAAUUAGGAUAUGGCGAGGAAGGAAGUUUUUCUUUCCCCAAUGUUCCUCCCAGGGCAGAUUUAGUUUAUGAAGUUGAGCUUAUUGGCUUUGAUGAAACGAAAGAAGGAAAAGCUCGCAGCGAUAUGACUGUGGAGGAAAGGAUUGGUGCAGCAGAUCGUAGAAAGAUGGAUGGAAAUGUUUUGUUUCAGCAAGAAAAACUAGAGGAGGCUAUGCAACAGUAUGAAAUGGCCAUAGCAUAUAUGGGAGAUGACUUCAUGUUUCAGCUGUUUGGGAAAUAUAGGGAUAUGGCUUUGGCUGUAAAGAACCCAUGCCAUCUUAACAUGGCAGCUUGUCUGAUUAAGCUGAACCGUUAUGAAGAAGCUAUAGGACAAUGUACAAUUGUACUGACUGAGGAUGAAAACAAUGUCAAGGCUCUAUUUAGGAGAGGCAAGUCUAGGGCAGCACUUGGGCAAAUAGAUCCUGCCAAGGAAGAUUUUCAAAAGGCACGCAAGUAUGCCCCUGAAGACAAAGCGAUUGCAAGAGAAUUAAGGUUGCUUGCUGAACACGACAAAGUUGUUUAUCAAAAGCAGAAAGAACUAUACAAAGGAAUCUUUGGACCAAGGCCAGAUCCAAGAUCUAGUAAUAAGCGAAGUGGUAACUUGCUGAUUCUCAUUUGGCAGUGGUUGCUUUCACUAUUUUAUGGCCUUGUUAAUCUCUUCAAGCGUAAAAGCCCCAAAUCUGACUAAUUGAAUUGAGAUGUUUUGAUGACUUAACCAUUUCUAAGGGCCAUGCCUUAUGCCUUCGAGGGACUAGUCUUUUUUUUCCUCUGGUGGUUGUUCUCUGUUGGUGAUAGUAUCAUGUGUAAAAAAAUUGUGGUGCUUUCACUCUUCUCUAUAGAGGAGUCAUGUUUUACAACACUACCAACAUGUGUUAAUGUUACUUUUUUGUUUUGUUGGUUUAUUUAAUAUUGGGAAUAGUAAGGGAAAAUGAAAUUCGCUAGUGUGACUGAAAUCAGAUACUUGUGUUGCGUGUGUCCCUUUGAAUUUAUAGGCUUGUGUCGUUAAUCCUAGAGUGGAAUAUAGCUGUCAUCAUAGAUUGUGCCAACAUGUUAUUCAUUCAAUACUCUAUAAUAUGAUGAUGGUUAUGGAUUCA